GGAGGGAGGGAGCGCGGAGAGGAGCUCGGAGGGGCGGGGCUGGUGGGCACAGCAGCAGCAGCAGCAGCAGCAGGCAUCGAGUCCGGCGAGAGCUUGGGGCCAGAGUUUUGGCACACGGGAGAGAUUGUGUGGGAGUGAGGGGACGCCCGGCGCAGGCCACCGCGAACCGUAGGCGGAUCGAGGAGGAUCAAAAGAACGAAAGAUCGAGGAGCAAAGAAGGAAGGAAGGAAGGAACGAACGCGAUGAUGCAAUAUUGAUUGGCGAGUGUGAACAGAGCAGGACCCAAGGAUUUAUCAAUGCUGUUGUCUGAACGCGUCGGGAGGAGUUUGGAGACGACGAUUAAGGGGUGCAGGAACUCGGGCCGCGGUAGUGCUGCUGUGAGAAUCUUGCCUAGCUUCGAAUUCGAUUUCAGUGUUUUGAUACAGAAAGAAUCAGGGGGUCAGGGAGUGUGGGUUCGGGUAUUUGCCGUUCUCCCGGUGAUUGAUGGGUCUCAACAUCUGUCAGUAAUUUUGUCCUCGGUCAGAACUUACUCUGUGCCCGGCCCAGCCCAAGAAGGUGCGCUCGAGCUCUGGUGCUUCUGACUGAAAGCCCCCGAUCACUGCUGUGAAUCAGAUCGAUCCAGGAGAGGAACAAAAUGGAUCUACCUACUCUGGCGUCGGUAUUGCAGCUGGCCCUCAGCACCAAUCCCGAAGAGCGUAAAGCUGGAGAAGAACGUCUGAAUCAGUUUCAACACGCACCAGGUCAUUUGGUUGGACUUCUACAGAUUAUUGUUGCGAACAAUGUGGAUCUUUCCAUCCGGCAAGUCGCUAGUAUUUAUUUAAAAAACGUCAGCGCCCGGGAGUGGACGCCACGCAAACCAGAAUCGCCCGGCGUUUCGGAUGGGGACAAAGCAACGGUGCGGGAGCAUCUACUUGAAGCAAUUAUCCAUGCGCCUCCGAUCAUUAGGGUACAACUGGGUGAAUGCCUGAAGACCGUCAUCCAUGCUGAUUAUCCGGAGCAGUGGCCUGUUCUCCUCCUCGCUAUUGACGGGAAUUUGAAGUCUCAAGAUCAGCAGCGUAUAUUUGGAGCCCUUUACGCUCUCAGGAUACUCACUCGGAAAUACGAAUUCAAGGACGAAGACGAAAGAGCACCCGUCUACUCUAUAAUAAACACAACUUUUCCAGUCCUAUUAGAGAUCUUCAAGUACCUUCUCUCCAUUCAAAACCCUACUGUCGAAAUUGCAGAUUUGAUCAAGCUUAUCUGCAAGAUCUUCUGGUCAUCCUCAUAUCUAGAGAUUCCAAAGUUGCUACACGAUGCCAAUAUUUUUUCUUUAUGGAUGGCUUGCUUUCACAAUCUUCUCGAGAGACCUGUACCUGUCGUUGGCCAACCAACCGAUCCAGAGCAGCGUAAAGUGUGGGGAUGGUGGAAAGUUAAAAAGUGGACACUCCACAUUAUGAACCGAUUGUACAACAGGUUUGGAGAUCCCAAAAUGUCGAAGCCGGAGAACAAGGGAUUUGCUCAGAUGUUUCAGAAGCAGUUUGCUGGGAUGUUUUUGCAGUCAUACAUGACUCUUCUUAGUGUAGUUCGUGAGGGUGGAUAUCUACCCGAUAGAGUCAUAAACUUAGCGCUCCAGUACCUCAGCACGAGUGUAUCAAAGUCCGUUACCUACCAGCUUUUGAAACCCCAGCUUGAUGUCGUGCUCUUUGAGAUCAUCUUCCCGCUCAUGUGUUUCAAUGAUGCCGAUGACGAACUUUGGCGUGACGAUCCACACGAGUAUGUGAGAAAAGGUUACGACAUCAUCGAAGACAUGUACAGCCCGCGUACUGCUGCCAUCAAUUUUAUAUCAGAGCUUGUUAGGAAACGCGGAAAGGAGAAUCUUCAAAAGUUUCUUGCUUUCAUUGUUGAGGUCUUCAAGAGAUACGAUGAGGCUCCCGCCGAUCGUAAACCAUAUCGUCUAAAAGAUGGUGGUUUGCUCGCUGUUGGUGCUUUGAACGAUAAGUUGAAGCACACGGAACCGUAUAAGUCCUCAUUGGAAUUAAUGCUGGUUCAGCAUGUGUAUCCGGAGUUCGGCAGUCCAGCUGGCCAUUUGAGAGCAAAGGCUGCAUGGGUUGCUGGUCAAUACGCUGACAUUAGCUUCAACGAUCAGCGAAACUUUAGCGCCGCCAUGCAUCGGGUUGUGGCCGCUUUAAAAGAUGCAGAGUUACCCGUUCGUGUCGAUUCUGUAGUAGCUCUCAGAUCUUUUGUGGAAUCAUGCAAAGACUUGAACGAGAUUCGUCCAAUCUUACCCCAAUUACUUGAUGAGUUUUUCAAACUGAUGAAUGAGGUUGAGAACGAAGAUCUUGUAUUCACAUUGGAAACUAUCGUCGAAAAAUUCGAUGAAGAAAUGGCACCUUAUGCUCUUGGUUUGUGCCAGAAUUUGGCCGCUGCAUUUUGGAAGUGCUUACAAUCAGCAGAAACCGACGAAGACGAUGACGAUUCUGGUGCCCUGGCCGCUGUUGGUUGCUUGAGGGCAAUUGGCACGAUUUUGGAGUCUGUGAAUGGCCUUCCACAUCUCUUCCCCCAGAUGGAGCCCACAUUGUUGCCGAUUAUGCAAAGGAUGCUGACGACAGAUGGCCAAGAUGUGUUUGAGGAGGUUUUGGAGAUCGUGUCGUACAUGACGUACUUCUCGCCCACGAUAUCGCUUGAUAUGUGGAGCCUGUGGCCAUCAAUGGUCAAUGCCAUGGACGAAUGGGCCAUCGAUUAUUUUGAGAAUAUUCUUGUACCCUUGGACAAUUACAUCUCAAGGAGCACGGAACAUUUUCUUACGUGUCAGGAACCGAACUAUCAGCAAAGUCUGUUCAAAAUGAUGUCCACGGUGAUGGCAGAUGAAAAGUUGGAAGACAGCGACAUCGAGCCUGCACCCAAGCUUAUUGAGGCAGUCUUGCAAAACUGUCGGGGAAGGGUAGAUGAGUGGUUGGAGCCAUAUCUGAGGAUAAGUCUAGAAAGAUUACGCAAGACAAAGAAAAAUUACCUGAAGGAUCUUCUCAUGGAAGUGGUGGCAAACGCUCUGUACUAUAAUGCAGGGUUGUCCUUGAACAUUUUGCAAAAAUUGGGAGUCACCCAGGAGAUCUUCCAAGUUUGGUUCCAAAUGCUUUACGCCACGAAGAAGUCUGGCAAGCCUGUGCACUUCAUAAGGGAACAUGAUAAGAAAGUCUGCAUACUGGGUUUGGCAAACCUUCUACUUCUUCCAGCAGAAGCCAUGCCUCAGGAAUUACAAUCUGGUCUUGACCAGGUGUUCAAGGCUGUCUUGAAGCUGUUGGUGGCUUACAAAGAGCAGCGCACAGAGGCAGCCAAGGGUGCUGAAGAAGUGGAGGACGAGGAUGCUGACCUGGAUGGAUGGAGAUCUGGAGAUGAUGACGACUGGGAGAAGGAGCUAGCGGACGACGAAGACGAUGGAGAUGAAGCCGAUACACAAAAAUUACAAAAAUUAGCAGCUCAGGCCAAAUCGUUUCACCCUCACGACGAUGAUGACUCUGACGAUGAUUUCACGGACGAUGAGGAGUUCCAAGCACCCAUAGACAAUGUGGAUCCAUUUAUCUUUUUCUCGGAUAUCAUGAACGCAAUGUCAACCACCGAUCCAGCUCGGUUCCAAGCACUUUCCGGGUGUCUGGACUUCCAGCACCAAGCGAUGGCACAUGGGCUCUCUCAACAUGCAGAAGAGAGGCGUAAGGAGAUUGAGAAGGAAAUGACCGAGAAGUCGCAAUCUGGCGCGGGAAUGAGAGAGCAAUAGCCGCGCUAUACGCGUAACUAAAGCAGAGAGUUUUCGUUUACUUCUUUUCAUUUAGCUAGGGUUUAUACUAUAGUGCAUUAAAUUUAUUGGGGUUAUACAACAAAUCAGUGCAUGGCAUGUGCAGCAGAGGAUCAGGUUGCUAGGGAGCUUUCGAGAAGGCUCUGAGACAUGUUGCUCCAUCUCUCUUUCUCUUUUUCUAGGCUGUUCACAAUUCUUAAGUCAUGUCAAUGGUAGUAAAUAGGUUCUCCAGUGAGCAAUCCACCCCAUUCCAAGCCAAUAAGAGCAGAGCUUAUUGAAGAAGCAGUUAAGAGGGUGAUCAAUUUCUUGUAUUGGAAUUUGAAGCUUGACAGUUGAGAACAUGUCAGGUUCUUUUUUUUCAAGCAUGUUAUUAUUCAACUGGCUGUUGAAAGCUGCAAUCGUUAAACAUAUUCUUUCUUCUGGAAUGGAGGG